GGAAAUCGUGGAUAUAAUAAAGAAAAACCACUAAAAGAUUGUGAAAUCGGGGUUUAUCAGAGAAAUGAGAUUAGGAGUAAAAUAAAAAUAAAAAGAUAAAGUGCUGCUUAUUGACUGUAGUUUAUUAUUUCCGGUCCAUGUUUCUCCCUGUUCCCGACAAUAGAGGAGCAGCGCGGGAGCGCGCACGCAAAUCCACGAUGGAGGAUGAGUCCAGAUCGAUCCACGAGCAAAGGUUUGACGCUGCGGUCAAAGUGAUCCAGAGUUUGCCUGCAAACGGUUCCUUUCAGCCGUCCAACGAAAUGAUGCUAAAAUUCUACAGCUACUACAAGCAGGUGACGCAGGGGCCAUGCAACAUUCCUCGCCCAGGCUUUUGGGAUCCUGUUGGCAAAGUCAAAUGGGAUGCAUGGAAUGCACUUGGAGAUAUGCCAAAGGAAGAGGCCAUGACGGCGUAUGUGGAUGACCUCAAACUGAUUCUUGAAAGCAUGCCCAUGACCGAGCAGGUGGAACAGCUGCUGCAGGUUCUUGGGCCAUUCUAUGAGUUGGUAGAUGAGAAGAAGAAGAUCAACCAAGUGUCAGACCUGACCGCAGGCCUCGGGAGCAUGAUGUCUGCCCCUUCGAAGAGCACCACAAAAAGCAUCAUCAGAACCAUGGAAAUGAACGGAACCUUGGACGGUCACAUUCCUAUCAAAGCAGAAGCUCCGAAGAUAAACGCAAACGAGGUUAAGGUGCAGGAGGAUGGCACUGAGAAUGACGACGACGAUGAGGAUGAAGAAGAUGACAACAGUGGAGAUGAUGAGAAUGAAGAAGAGAAUGAGCAGCUGCCAAAAGCCACUGCCUUGAAGAAAAAGUCCUCGGAGGGAAAAGGGCUUCCGAACGGCGCUACAGAGCACAACGAGUUUCCCUUGCAGAACGGCACGCACUGCUCCAAAUCCGUUCUGAACGGAAAAGACACGGAGGAGAACGACGGAGAGAUCCAACACGUUAAUGGCCACAAAACAGAUGAUAAUGAAGACAUGCUCUGCGCUCAUCACGUGGCCUCAGACUCGGACAGUGAGGUUUACUGCGACUCUGUGGACCAGUUUGGUGCGGAGGAGGGAAGCCACAGCGCUCUGUGCUCUCAUGUGGAGCUGCAAGACUCUGAGAUCCCGCUGAAAGAACAGGACGGUCUUCAACACGGAGGUGAAGACGGGAAGACGAGUGGAGAAGGAGGAGUGCAGAGAAACAGACUGAGCACAGGUAGACCCGGGAGCUCUGUGACCAGGAGAGGACGAGGAUCAAGGUCCUCAGGCUCGGGGUCAGGGGUCUCAGGGGCAUUACAGGGUUCAGGAGGUGACGGGGAGCGCUGGGGGUCGGAUGGAGCCAGAGGCGGCGAUCUGAAUGAGCAGAUCGUGACGGCAUUAACGCGGCUACAGGAGGACAUGCAGAGCGUCCUGGAGAGACUGCACACACUCGAGGCUCUUACAGCCUCACAGGCGAGAUCAGCGGCCUUGCCCUCAGAAUAUCUGCUCCCCCCAGCCAGCAGGACUCACAGGAAGCCAUCCUGGUGGCCGUUUGACGUUUCCCCAGGCACCGUAGCCUUUGCUCUCUUCUGGCCCUUCAUUGUACAGUGGAUCAUUCGCCUGUAUUUUCAGAGGCGGAGAAGAAAACUGCCCUGAGACACGUGACGGCGGCAGACCCGUGAGCUCCAGACGCCGGCGUCCUCGGCAGCACCUCCUCUUUUUAACUCUCGCUUUUUGCACUACGAUGAAGACGAUUAGUGAGCAUCGAAAAACAGCCUGAUAGAUGAAUGUGUGCUGCUUCUAAAAGCUUUUUGUAAAAAAAGAAAUUUCAAGUCUAAUAUAUAAAGUGGUAAGAUUUACAUGAACUGCUUGGUUCGAGAAAUUCGAAGUAAGAUGCAAAGAAAAAAAAAUCUUUUCGUUCCUAAACCUGACAGGGCAUUACAGUAACAAGUUUAAUACACCGCCCGACGUUGAGAACUAGACGUGUCGCUCGUUACGCUUCACCAUAAAGCUGCUAAUGAUGCAUCAAGCUCUAUACAUGACGAAUUACACUGUAUAAUUAUAGAUAAAACGGUUCGUUUUGUAACAAUAACAUGCAAGAUUCUGGCUCGGCUUCGACCCUAUGUGUAAAUCGGGGCCAUUGUGAACUGAUGCUACUGGAAGAAGUGCCUUCCAUAAGUUGCAGUUGGAUAAGCAAUCAAAGCCAUGAUCACGAAUUAUAAAGCACUGAUCUAGAGAAGGACUAUGUUAAGUUAUUUGACACUCUUGCUUCUUUUUACUGCUGUGGUAGAUUAAGGUUACCUUUAAUUAAGUCGAAUACUCAAAGUAUUGCCCCUGAAACAAGCUUUUCUUUAUUCAGCCACUUUUUUUUUCCAGAUCCUCUGUUGUAGAUUAAGAUGUUCCCUGUAACUGCGCGUGCUGCUUGGCCUGUUAUAAAACUGGCAGGAAACUUUGAUACCGCCUCAUAUGUACCUGAACGUUUGCGUUUUUAGUUGCUUUGAUGUAUUUCAUCAGGGAACAUUAAUUACAUAAAUUAGACAUAAAUUACUGAAUCACCUGAAGAGCUAAUUUAAAGUUACCCCACGUUCACAUCCAAACACGCAAUAACGGAUCCUGUACCCUUGAUAGUGCCACCUCAGCUACAACAUAAAGCACAGUUCGUCACUAUAUUUUCUCUGAAGUUUGUAACGUCUACAAAUCACAAUUACACAACUACAACUCUGAGAAAUUAAUAGAUAAAACAGUUUUAUCACAAUUUCACUACCAACAAACUUUUUCGCAAAAGCACAGAACAUUUUCAUCAUUUUUAUUAAACUUGUCAACCAAUCAGGGUGCCAGAUACUAAAUAAAGAGGAACAAUGAUGAAAAAUGAGGCAUGGUAGUAUGCGAAUAUAGAUAAUAGGUAACAUUUUUGUACAGUUAAAUAAUAUUUUGAUAUCCAAGGUAAUAAAAAAAUUUAAUUGUCUGGUUUAGGGAAAUUCACUUGUACACGAAAAACUGCUGAUUUAUUGCUGAUUUUCUGCCUCCAAAGCGUCAGUGGUAUAAAUUCGCCAUUACCAGUUAAAUCAAACUUUAUUUUACUAGUUGGUUAGUAGCCAAUGGUAGCUAAAAACAUUUUUUUUGCAUUAACAGGGCUGCACAAAACACUAAAACGCUAUCUGCCCUCUUCCACAUACCCGAACUCACAGAUUCACAUAAUUGGCUAGUGUUGAGUGACAGCACAUGCCCCUCCCACCUACAGAACACAGCAGUUUUUCCUCUUGUGGCAUUAUAUAGGUUUAACCUCGCAAACUUUUAACUUCCCGAUUUCCCAAAUCUGGAGCUCAUAUUGUUCUGUGCCAACAACUUUGUGGUAACAGUUUGAAAAGUCACAUAUGGCUAAAAAAAUGUCCCAAUACUUUUGAAAGGCCCAUAACAAAAUGUUAAUUUAAGUAUUAAGAAAAAACUAAAGAAUGAAAGAAUUUUGAAAAUAAAAAAAAACAGGAAUUGCUACAAAAAUGUGUGUAUUAGGGCCGUGUUUCUCAACAAUAUUCCUUAUACAACUGAUCCUAAUGACACUUAAGAAAAGUCAUGCAAUAACGGUUGUCUUUUUUUUUUUUUUUUUUAUCGGUCAUUCUUAAAAUUUAUUAAUUUUUGUUCCCAUGUCGUACCCGUUUCUCACGACCGCGUUUUAAUGAAACCUAAAAAAAAAAAAACGUAGAUUACGAGAAUAAAGUUGAAGCACUACGAGGUUAAAGUCAUUAUAUUUUGAGAAUAAAGUCGUAGCAACAUGACAUUAAAGUGGUAAUAGUUUGAGAUAAAUCACAAAAUUGCGAAAAAACGUUUCGCUGUUUAAUUUAAUUUUUUGG